UCCCUGAACUUCCGCAUAGCUUCCUUGUUUACUUGUUUUGGGGAUUCAUUGCUAUUGAAAAGGAUUUUUCUCUUUCUCUGGAAAUUCCCGGAAAUCCACCACAAACUCUUCGAAUCCCCACUUGCCUGACUUGUGGACAGCUCCAGACUUGUUUUUAAAGGCUUAUUCAGGACCCCAGUUUCAUUAAAGCCCAGCUUAGUUCCUGUCUUGAAUGGCCACAGCUGCAGAGGAGAGUCAACUACAGGACAAUGUUUCCAAUCUGACCGUGACGCGAAAAAAUGUUACCACAGAGGGUCCGAGCAUCGGCAUGACUCAGGCCAUGAAAAAGACGAUCGGCCAUCGUGGAAUUGAUCCCACGGGAGAGACAACAUACAAAAAGACCACAUCAUCUGCUCUAAAAGGUGCUAUCCAGUUGGGCAUCACGCACACUGUGGGCAGCUUAACCCAGAAACCUGAGAGAGAUGUGCUGCUGCAGGACUUUGAAGUGGUGGAAAGCAUCUUUUUUCCCUGUGAGGGCAGUAACUUGACACCAGCUCACCAUUAUGGAGAUUUUAGGUUCAAAACAUACGCGCCUGUUGCCUUUCGCUACUUCAGAGAGAUGUUUGGCAUCCGGCCCGAUGACUACAUGUAUUCUUUGUGCAACGAUACACUAAUUGAGCUGUCAAACUCUGGAGCCAGUGGAUCUCUUUUCUACGUCUCUAGCGAUGAUGAAUACAUCAUUAAAACAGUGCAGCACAAAGAGGCAGAGUUUCUACAGAAACUUCUGCCGGGAUACUUUAUGAACCUGAACCAGAACAAGCGGACCCUAUUACCAAAGUUUUACGGGCUAUAUUGUGUCCAAGCAGCUGGUAAAAACAUCCGCAUCGCAGUCAUGAACAAUCUUCUACCGAAUACAGUACGAAUGCACCUCAAGUACGAUCUGAAGGGCUCGACUUACAAGCGACGAGCCUCGGCCAAAGAGAGAGAUAAAGCCAAGCCCACAUACAAGGACUUGGAUUUCAUGCAGGACAUGCCGGAGGGAUUGAUAUUGGAGGUGGACAAAUACAGUGGUGUUUGUAAGACCAUCCAAAGAGACUGUUUGCUCCUGCAGAGUUUCAAAAUCAUGGACUACAGCCUUCUAGUGGGGAUUCAUAAUGUGGACCAGGCCUGUCAGGAGCAGGCCAGUGAACGCAGUGCAGGUACGGCCGAGGCGUCGGCGGGGGCCGCAGACCAAAGGAGACCACAGGGACAAAAGUCCUUGUACAGCACGGCUAUUGAGGCCAUCCAGGGAGAUGCUGGAGGCCUGGGGUCACUGGAAUCAGAGGACAAGACGGGAGGAAUCCCUGCACGAAACUCAAGAGGCGAGAGGCUGCUGGUCUACAUUGGGAUUAUUGACAUUCUGCAAUCGUAUAGAUUAGUGAAGAGGCUUGAACAUUCCUGGAAAGCGUUGGUUCAUGAUGGGGACACAGUAUCGGUACACAGACCAAGUUUCUAUGCAGAAAGAUUCCAGAAGUUUAUGUGCAACACAGUCUUCAGAAAGAUGCCGCUCAAAACCUCCCCAUCUAAGAAGCGGCGUGCCAAUGGUCCUGUGAAAAAAGGUGCAGGCCCGUCUCUCUCGACCCAAACCAGCAUCAGCAACCAGCAUCCUUCAUCCCAACACCAAGUCAGCGCCGACACCAGAGAGGACACUGAGGGGGAGAAUGCAGCCAUGCAGUCAGGCCGUCCUGACCUCCUCCCACAGACCUCACCAGCCAGUGAUGCUGUUGAUGCUUCUCUGGAAUUCUCUGGAUUUGGGAGAGAGAACAACACAUCCAGCAAAGACCAAGAGAACAGCGCCUCCAUGAGAGCUCAGCUGCCUCAUGAAGAAAGUAUUGGUACCAAGGACACAAUCUCACUUGGUGACUUAACUCCAAAUGUCACCAAAUGUGCUGUGUAAAUGUGGAAGAGUGAAGUGGAUUCAAAGGAACCAAAACAAACUUGGAGCAUUUUCUCAACAAGAAUGAAAUGUUACAGCUCCUUUGGUGUGAUUUUGGGGUUCCAGACUAAAUAAAGUCUAAUAAUGUAUCAUAUAGACUAGGUGCGAUUUUAAAUGUUUUUCUUUUUUCUUUUUUUUUUUUUGUUCCUUUUUUUUUGCACUUUGAUUUCCAGAUUUCCUCAUAGCAUGGAAGUGGGUGGUUGUUCUGACACUAGUAAUUGUGGGUACAUUAAUGCGGUGGGUAGUGAACACUAUCAUCUUAUAAGAGUGCCUGUAUUUACAACCGAAUACUGUUCAUGUUCCAGGUGAACUAAAACCAGGACAUUGCCUUAUUUCUGAGCAGGAAUUCCUCAUUCUGGCCUGGUUAUUUUAAAUUAAUUAUCAUUUUUUGGAAUCAAUUAUUUUGUGUUUACCUCAUUACUUUAGCACAUUCUUUUCUCCAAAGGUCUCUGUUCCACCAGAAGACUGCAUAUGAAAGACAGGUGUGGCCAUGGUGACUUGAUCGGUUGAAGUCUGAAAAUUGUGAAUACAGAAUUUGCAGCAUGAAAAUGAACUUGAGGCUAAACUAGAUGGCUGCUUUUAUCUCUCAUAUGUAGUCUAUGGAUCCUCCAGUCAGAGGCUUGAGCCUUAAGUAUUGUUUCUGCUCUAUGAUCGAUUGCUUUAACACAAAACUAUGUUGUUUAUUUCGGGAACACAUUUUUAAAUGAAAGGGGUUAAUUUGUAAGGAAUCACUGUAUUCAUAUGGCAUAUUCCAAAUGUACAUUAUGCUGGAAAAACCUUUUUUUUUUCCAAACCAAGUGUUAUAACUGGCAUACUUCUUUACAUACUGUGACUCCUAACCACCACAUCUUUUGUUUGGGUGAUAGGAUCAUUUAAAAACUUUUAUUAUUAUUGUAAUUUUAAAUACUUUUACAUUCAAUACAAAUGACUGAUUGCUUUGGAUAAAUAUCACAGUAAAUGGUGACUGGGGCCUGUCUCAUGAGGUGAAAUUAUUCUGAGUUUGUUCAGAACAUUAAGGCUGAAUUUUGUACUUUCGGUCUCACAAGCUUGGGUUCAAACUGUUGUUUCUAUAAUAAAAAAUGCUGCAGUUCGACCCCUAAAAGAAAGAUAUUGGAGUUGAGAUUUCUUUCCAAACAUAUGGCAAGUGACAGAAAGAAUGUUAUGACAUUAUGGUACAAUCAUUUACUUCGAAUAUGAAGAAAAACACAGAAGGGUGUUUGUUAGCAGUAUCACUCAAAGUAUGAACGGAUAUGCAUGAAAAUAUUUAUCCUGUUUUAACAGAGGUACAUCAUGGCCCAGGAUAGAAGUGACCUUAGAAGUUAGCGUUGGAAGAUUAAGUGGAAAUAGAUCAACAAAUGAACUUUUGUUUUCCAUGAUGAUAUUGGGUGCUUUGCUUGUCAUGACUGCUUCUCUGAUAUGCACAAGUAACUGAAGAUAAUGCUAAUUCAACAGUUCAGCAAUAAAUCCUGUCGCUGCAGUUCGUGUCUGAUUUUGGGUUUAUUAUAUUAGAGAUUGUAAACAAUUCUUUUCACCCUACAGAAAAUCCAUGGAGUAGAUUUUGUACAAAAGAAAAAAGUAGAAAGACUUUUUGGGACAUUAAUAUCUGUUCUCUGACUUAAAAAUGAGUCAAGUAGAAAUGACACAAAAGCAAAUGUUCUUGAAUUUGUUUGAUGUUGUGCAAACUACAAAAUCCAUGGCAACCACAUAUGAAAAGGUUACACUGAAGUUUGGUUUGCCCUUAUUUAAUAUGUAAGGGUUGAUAGGUUUAUAGAUUUAUUAUAUUAUUAUAAGCAAUAUAAAUGCAGAGCAUCAACUGUCAAUAAUAUGGUAAUAAGCACUUUCUCUCUUUAUAUUUAUUCCUUUAUUUAAUCUUAUGUAUUUCCCACAUGGCUCUUUCAACUCCAGAUGUUUAUUGCUUUAAUAGAGAGAUGAGCUUUUUAAUCAUUCCAGGACCAGGUUGUUACUGGUGUUAAGUAUUGUGAGGCUGAUGACUUAAAAUUACAUUCAUGAGACAGGCCCCAGCUUUUGUAUAUUCAUAAUUUUUCAGGGGAACGUUUGUGUGAAAGUGAACAAGACCAAACAAUGUGCCUGCUUUCUGCAAGUAAAAACCAAUGACGGUGAUUCAACACCAGUCGGUUUCAACGGUCAAUCUGGCUGUGCAGUUUUUAACUCGAUGUAAUGGUCGGGUCACAUUAACUUAAAUAAGUGUCCCAGAGGUCUUGUGGUAUUGGAUAUUUUCAGUUGUUCAGCAAUUAACAUUUUUUUUAUUUAAAAAGAUGACUGGACCAUGCAAGAACAUUCUCAGUUUACACAAUUGUAUAUGCCUAAAUUAAUAAAAUGUGCAAAAUUGACAAAA